AUGGACUUCGAGCUACCCCAAGAGGUGGCAGAGCGCUAUGACUUGGCUGUCGAAGAGCCUGGCCAGAUACCAUUACUGGGGGAAGGUAGCUAUGGGCUGGUCUUCCUCGGCCGGCCCCGACAUGAUGCAUCGGGGACGGUGGCACUGAAACGUUGUUUUGAUUCCUUGCUGCUCGACGACGCUGCGACGCUGAAACGCACGUACAGGGAGUUGGCUGUGCUGAGGAGCCUAAGCCACAACAAUGUCGUCGUGCUCCUCGAUGCUGUUCUGCCCAAGAGCGGAGCGGACCUGUACUUGGUCUUCCCAGCAGCUGCACAUGAUCUAGACAAGGCCAUUCGCUACAACCUUUUGGACGGAGACGCCCAGCGCCUCGCGGCCCGGGACAUGGCGCGAGCUUUGCGGUAUCUGCAUGAGUCCGGGCUCAUCCACCGAGACGUAAAGCCAGGAAACGUCCUCCUGGAGCCUGGAGGGGCGCGGCUUUGCGACUUCGGCCUCGUCAGAUGCCUUGGGAGCUCAAGGAGCCUCACAGAAUACGUCGGAAUGCGCUGGUACCGUGCGCCAGAGCUCCUUCUGGGAAAGAUGAACUACUCAGAGGCUGUCGACAUUUGGGCCUAUGCAUGUGUGGUGGGCGAGAUGGCUCUGGGGCGGCCCUUGCUCCAGGGCAUUGAUGCCGAGGAGCAGCUCGGGCUGACGGUCGGCCUCCUUUCGGCACGAAAGCUCACCAAGGAGGAGGCCGACUUGCCAGGGAUUUCGCGGACAGCUGCGGCAUGCCUCGCGCGGACAAAACCUCUGGGGCAAUCCCUGGAGCGAAAGCUGCGGCACGUCGUGGAGCCGACGGGCAUGGACUUCCUUCGCCAGUGCUUGCUUCUGCGAGAUGACGAGCGGCCUUCAGCUUUGGGCCUUCUCCGCCAUGCACAUCUCGUGGACCUGUGGGAGGACUUCGACGAUGUGCCCCGCGUCGCGCACAUAAAUCUGGCCAUCGAUGACAGAGAGGACGUCGGUCCGGAGCACAUCUUGCAAGCAAUUGUUGAGGAGGUGCGCCUCGUUUCUCACGGUCGUGAAUGCGAAUCGCAGUCUGGUUAA